GCGGUCGACUAGCGGCGGCCGAGGCACUUCCCUUCUUCGCCGCCGAAACUGUGAGAGCGCCGGGAAAGGCGGAGAAGACCAAAGGGCUAUCAUGAUGCGGCUCCGCAGCCCUGCGCUGCUGAGGGACCUGCUGUGGCUCAGCCAGACCGGCACCGGCGGGCUCAGCUGUUGCCGUCGCUCGGCGCUGAGGUGGCUCCAUCCCGCUUGGCCCGGCGUGGCCGGUGGCCGCUUGCCUUUGCGGUUCAUGCCCGGGGCUGCCGCCGCCGCCCGCUCCUUGUGCACCAAGUCCGAGGGCAUCCUGGAGCAGGCUGGCAAGGGCCCUCCGGCCCAGCAACCGCCGGCACCCACGACGUCCUCCGAGAUGCCCGCCUCGGCCCUCAGCCAGAACAGCCACAACGCGGCCGCAAGCAAGGAAGCAGGCGGCUUGGGGGAAAAUAAAGGAGGUUUGUUGCCUAGCUUGGAAGAUUUGCUCUUCUAUACUAUUGCAGAAGGACAAGAAAAAAUACCAGUUCAUAAGUUCAUCACAGCUUUAAAAUCUACAGGUUUACGAACAGCAGAUCCGAGACUGAAAGAAUGCAUGGAUAUGUUAAGAUUGACACUUCAGACAACAUCAGACGGUGUCAUGCUAGAUAAAGAUCUCUUUAAAAAAUGUGUCCAAAGCAACAUUGUGUUAUUAACUCAGGCUUUCAGGCGAAAAUUUGUCAUUCCUGACUUUAUGUCAUUUGCCUCUCACAUUGAUGAAUUAUAUGAAAAUGCUAAAAAACAGUCAGGAGGGAAGGUUGCGGACUAUAUCCCACAACUGGCUAAAUUCAGUCCUGACUUAUGGGCAGUAUCUGUUUGCACAGUCGAUGGGCAGAGGCAUUCUAUUGGAGAUACCAAAGUCCCAUUUUGUCUUCAGUCCUGUGUAAAGCCUUUGAAGUAUGCUAUUGCUGUUAAUGAUCUUGGCACUGAUUAUGUACACAGAUAUGUUGGUAAAGAACCUAGUGGAUUAAGAUUCAACAAACUGUUCCUCAAUGAAGAUGACAAACCUCAUAAUCCUAUGGUGAAUGCUGGAGCAAUUGUGAUCACCUCUUUGAUCAAGCAAGGAGCAAAUAAUGCUGAAAAGUUUGACUAUGUGAUGCAGUUCAUGAAUAAAAUGGCUGGAAACGAAUAUGUUGGUUUCAGUAAUGCCACAUUCCAGUCUGAAAGAGAGAGUGGAGACAGAAACUUUGCAAUAGGCUAUUAUUUGAAAGAGAAAAAGUGUUUUCCAGAGGGCACGGAUAUGGUUGGCAUAUUGGACUUCUAUUUCCAGCUGUGCUCCAUAGAAGUGACUUGUGAAUCUGCUAGUGUCAUGGCAGCCACUCUUGCCAAUGGCGGGUUUUGCCCUAUCACUGGUGAGAGAGUCCUCAGUCCUGAAGCAGUUCGAAACACUUUAAGUUUGAUGCAUUCAUGUGGCAUGUAUGACUUCUCGGGACAGUUUGCUUUCCAUGUGGGUCUUCCUGCAAAAUCUGGAGUUGCUGGUGGCAUUCUUUUGGUUGUUCCUAACGUUAUGGGCAUGAUGUGCUGGUCACCUCCGCUAGACAAGAUGGGCAACAGCGUUAAGGGGAUACACUUUUGUCAUGAACUGGUUUCUUUGUGCAACUUUCAUAAUUAUGAUAACCUGAGGCAUUUUGCAAAGAAGCUUGAUCCUCGGAGGGAAGGUGGUGAUCAACGAGUGAAGUCUGUAAUAAAUCUUUUGUUUGCUGCAUAUACAGGAGACGUGUCUGCCCUUAGAAGAUUUGCCUUGUCGGGUAUGGAUAUGGAACAAAGAGACUAUGAUUCUCGAACAGCAUUGCACGUAGCAGCUGCAGAAGGUCAUGUAGAGGUAGUUAAAUUUUUGCUGGAAGCUUGCAAAGUGAAUCCUUUUCCCAAAGACAGAUGGAACAAUACACCUAUGGAUGAAGCUUUGCACUUUGGACAUCAUGAUGUAUUCAAGAUUCUUCAAGAAUAUCAAGUUCAGUACACCCCUCCAGACAACUCUAAUAAUGGAAAAGAAAACCAAACUGUACAGAAAAACCUGGAUGGCUUACUAUAACAUUCUUCUGACUGAGAUUCAAAGUUAAUGAUCUAUUUAAUUGUGGAAAAUGAUUAUGAAGAGUGAAUGUUUCUGUUGGAUAGCGAUGUAUAUUUUUCAGAGUACUGCUUUGCUCCAAUGUUACAGCAGCUUUCUUUGUUGCACACAAAAGACAAGUUUCUUUUUCAGAAAAAAAACCCAACUAUUCAUGUGAGCAAUAUUAUCUUGUGCUAUGUGCAAGUGAUAGAAAUUAUUGUUGACUAUACGCAUAGGGUUUUUUUGUGGGGCGGGAGGGAUAUCUCCAUGAAGCUUUACUCCAUGGUCAUACUCAUGAAGCUUUUUUGUCCUGCUUGCUGUGAAAACAUGGAUACUUUUAAGAAAGCUGUCUGUGAGUAUACCUGAGCCAACAUAGUUGUUGUCUUGCUAGAUUUUGAGAUUUGUGGCUCUUGUGGAUCCAACCUGGCAUCUUGGAACAUAAAGCACUCAAAAUGUUUUCCCACCAUACUCACUUACAUCAUGUAAUUUCUUACAUAUGGACUGAUGGAUGCUGCCUAGGCUUAACUCUUGUUCCAAGUGUUUUUAUCAGGGAAUCUCUUCCAAGGUUUCUUUGACCAAACAACGUAGGAGAAUGUAAGUAGAGAAUACUGCACCUGUAGACUCUUUGUCCUGCUUUCCCCCCCCCCCCCCGUCCCUCUUUCAACUGGUUGAGUUUUCCCCAUUGUGAACUGUGACCUAUGGCAAAACAAUGCGAUCACACCGCAUUUGAUUUGGUCAUAAACUGUAUGUAUACAUGCUAAACUGGAUAUUGUGAAUAUGCUAAAACUCAUUUAUGCUAAGACGAUUUUUUAAGAAGGCAUCACAAGGUCAUUGUUUUUGCCCCCUUUGCCCUACCAUUACACUCACAGCGUCACCAUUCCCUCACAUUUGUCCUUUCAGUUAAAAGUUUGGCCGUAUUGACCCUGUUGGAUUAACCUCUAGAAAGUUCACUUGCAGCUGACCAGUUUUUCUCUAGAGCAGAACAUUAGCCAGCCCUCAU